AUGGUUGCCCCUACAGCUAUUAAAAAAACUUUUAGAGAUGCUUUAUUAAGUGAACCUACAGCAAAUUCACAGCCACUUUCUAGGAUUGUUGGUACAGACAAUACAAAACCUGUUGAACAAAGUGAUGAUGAAGAUGAUGAUUUAUUAAUAGAUAAUGAUACCAGUAAUGACAACCAUAAUGAGCAAAUGGACAUAGACCAACAAAAAGGUCAAAACAAGAAUGUAGUAUUCGACGAAGAGGGUAAACCCAGAUUUACCUCUGCUGCUAAUAAAACUGAUAAUAAAAUUAAAUUAGAAUCCAGAAAAAUACCCGUUCCGCCACAUAGAAUGACUCCAUUGAAGAACAAUUGGACCAAAAUCUAUCCACCACUCGUUGAUCAUUUGAAAUUACAAGUUCGUAUGAAUUUGAAAAGCAAAUCUGUAGAAUUAAGAACAAACCCUAAAUUCACUACUGAUCCAGGUGCAUUACAAAAAGGUGCAGAUUUUAUUAAAGCUUUUACUUUGGGGUUUGACUUGGACGAUUCCAUCGCUUUGUUAAGGUUAGACGAUUUAUAUAUUGAAACUUUUGAAAUUAAAGACGUUAAGACAUUAAACGGAGACCAUUUAAGUAGAGCCAUUGGUCGUAUUGCUGGGAAAGACGGUAAAACUAAAUUUGCUAUUGAGAAUGCUACAAGAACAAGAAUUGUUUUGGCUGACUCUAAAAUCCAUAUUUUGGGUGGCUUCACCCAUAUUAGAAUGGCCAGAGAAGCUGUGGUAAGUUUGAUUUUAGGUAGUCCACCAGGUAAGGUUUAUGGUAAUUUACGUACAGUGGCAUCAAGAUUAAAAGAACGUUAUUGA